AUGCGUACUACCCAAAAGUUAAAUCUUGAAACAUUAUUUGAUGAACUGUUAAAAUUCCAAGAAGAAUUUGAAGAAAAUGAAAAAUAUCUCUUAUUCGACUUUCGUAGCAAGACUGGUCUUUGUUGGGAACUUAUUCUCGAAGUAGCUAACUAUCUUUCAUUAAACGAUGUUGUUACUGCAUUUUCCUCUGAUGUUCUUUGUUUAUUAUGGAGAUACAACAAAAAACUGCCUAUUAUAGAACCGUCGGAAACAUUUAUGAGAACGAUGAUUCACACAAUCAUGCCUGAACAAAUUGUAUCGUUACGUAUUAAAGCGGAUCAUCAUAAAUCAACGAUAGAAUUAGCUCCGCCAGCUACUUUCAAUCAUGUUAAGAAACUUACUCUUGUCAAUUUUCAGAAAAAUCAAAUCAUUGACUUUCAAAAAUAUUUUACAAGGCUUACUUGUCUUUCACUUUUUUAUGAAGAACAAAUGUGUUUUCAUAGUUUUAUGAAAAUAUUCAAUUACCUCAACAGUCCAAUUAAACAAUUCGAAAUACAUUGUCGAAAUGUACUUUGUUCUCAUCGUCGUACAGAUCUCAUUUUCCAAAAAUUAAAUACUCUCAAUUACACUAUCGAACAUUUGAUACUUAAUAUAGCGCAUAUUUCCAUGACAAUAGUGAACAAAUGUUUCCAAUCCUAUACCACAUGUCUGUUAAAGACAAUAAUUGAUUUUAUAAAAAUCAUGACAAAUAUUCAAUGUAUUCAUAUUAUUAUUAAUCAAGGCAGCAUCGAAAAAUUAUUAGAUAUCAACGAAUGGAAAAGUCUAGUAACGGGAUGCCGUAAAUUAAAAAAAGUGAUAUUACACGGUAAAAGAAGUAUGUUACAAGACGAAAAAUUAAAGCAACAAGCACUGGAAAUUCAAAAUCAAAUGUCCAAUGGAAAACGAAAAAUUGAUUUCGAAAUAAAACUGAAAUAA